AUGUUGCCCUCCCUGCUGUUUCGGGGUAUCUUCCCGAUACUGCUGCUCUUUGUUCUCAUACCGAUGCUGGCGGUCGCCCCGCCUUACGGAUUCUUCUACCUGUAUAACUUAACCACCCGCCUGGACCCCUCCCAUCCUCAUAUGAAGGACGCUGCUGCGUCCGUCCACCAAUCCGCGAACCUAAUCCUCUGCGUCUUCGGUCAUCUCGCAUGGUACCCCCGCAUUUGUCGCAAGGAUCCCUCCUCAAUGAACUCUUCCGAUGAGGCUGCGCCUCGCUGCGAACGGCUUGUAGAGCUUGUUGUUCGACGGGCGGUCCUCUACGAAGACAUCGUCCGGGAACUCAGCCUCAUCGCACCUGCGGGGUAUCUAGCCUCUCUGGAGCCUGUCAUCGACGAUCUCAUUGCGCUAGAUGACCACGUUAUGCUACACGAAGAAGGUCGCCUCGAGGUUCUCGGUGUUGGUGAUAUCGAGCUGCUCUUGCAGUCCCAGACGCUUUGCCGGCUGGUUGGACAGGCCGCGUACGAGAUCUUCCUGCAUAUGGACCUUGGCCUUUUUCGCAUGCUCAUGCUCCAUUCGGCGAUGAGCGAGCGGCUCCUUCUUACACGACUCGGAACGAUGCGCCGAGCCGAGCUGGACGUCGACGUUGGCACCUUUGUUGCAGUAUUCGCCAAUACUACGACCAGUUCGCUGAUCCACAUCCACGACCAAGUCCGGCGUGCAGCCACGAUAGCCUCGUCCCUCACCGCGACGAUCCAGACGCUAGCCGCCCGCAAGGACUUCGACCGAUUGUGCCCAGUCUCGACAUCUUCCUCGCUUCUAGUCUGCGAUACUUUCUCUGCCGUGCUCCAAGGAUUUGCUCAAGUGCGCAUGGUCUCUACCGCGUUAGCGGAACUCGACGAGAUCUUGGAGACGGCGACGGCAGACCUGGGUCAACUGUCGGAGGCGUUCAUUCCCUCCAAGUGUUCCAUAUGGCUCUCGGAGAAAAUCGUCGAGGACGACACUGGAGCAAUCUUACGCACGAGCGAUAGAAUGCGGGCUAUGCUGGACGCCGCCAUGCCUGGAAUUCGCGAGUGA